UGAUUGUUGAUGCCCGGCUUGAGCUGAUGGAACCUGCCUGGAGGAAAUAUGGGAAGCGUCUGGUCCUCACCUGCAAACACAUGAAAUAAUGAUGGCAAAACAAGCAGCUAUUCUUCUCCUUUGUCUCUUAUUAUUUAUUUUUUUGCGAGUCAGAUACCUCACUAUGUCAGUUAUGUUUACUGGCUGCUAAGAUAAGAUGCAUCUCCAAGACGCUGUGACACGUACCCUACGGCAUCGGAGCGUAAUGCACGGCAAGGCAAUCUUGCAUCCAAUCUAGAGACUCCGGUAGUCGGUGCGGUCUCCGGAGGGGUGAGACACGCAUCCUCGCUCUGCCUCUCUCUCUCUCUCUCUCUCUCUCUCUCUCUCGCUCUGUCCACGGCGCAUCUCCAGCUCUGAAUCCACUUCGGCUCUGGACACACCGGCGGCAGCGCUUGUGGCGCGCGCCCGCACGCACACACACAUACACACGCGCGCGCACACACGCGCGCACACAAUUUAAAAGAUGCAGCGCGGAGGACGGGAUCUGCCGUAGAAGUCGCUCCGUACCUGACCGAGUGCGUUCAUGCGUGUAGGAUGCAGAGCCAGAGGGGGGGGCGGGAUGGAGUGCUCCUGGAAGACGGUGCUGCUCCUGGUGUGCGCGUCUCUCGGGGUCCAGUACACGGCCAUCCGCACCCUGAGGGACUCGCUGUCUGGGCCCUGUCAGGGAGCCUACCGCUGCCAGACCAGACACCACAGAGACUCCAGGUGGAGAGCCUUGUGUGACGACAGCUGGACGCCCGGCGAUUCACCUCGGAAGCACAUCCUGCUGUUUGCCACCACGCGCAGCGGCUCCUCCUUCACCGGGCAACUCCUCAACCAGCACCCGGGCAUCUUCUACGUCUUUGAACCUCUCUACCACGUCCAGCAGGCGUUCACCAACUCCAGCAGCAGGCUGCGUCGCACGCUGGACCGCCGGGCCCUGCUGGGAGCCUACAGGGACCUCCUCCUCAACCUGUACACCUGUGACCUUCACUUCAUGGAGAAUUACAUUCGCCCCGAGCCCCAGGACCACGUCACCAACUCCUUUUUCCGCCGAAGCUCCAGCCACGCUCUCUGUUCCCCUCCCGUGUGCCUGAACGGGGGCGGCGCGGCGGGCUCGGCUACGCCUGACGAAACCUGGUGUCCCAAGAAGUGUGGGGCCCUGAACCUCACGCUGGCCUCUGUGUCGUGCCUGUCAAGGGAACAUGUGGCCAUUAAGACCGUGCGGGUCCCUGAGGUGGGGGACCUGCGCACCCUGACGGAGGACCCACGUCUGGACCUGAGGAUCGUCCACCUGGUGAGGGACCCCCGAGCCGUCCUCGCCUCGCGCAUGAUGGCCUUCUCGGAUCAGUUCCGCGCUUGGAAAAUAUGGAACGCCACGGGACGGCAGCCUCGAUACGUGGACCUGACGCAGAUCACCAGCACCUGCAAAGACAUGGCGGCCUCUGCAGAGACAGGGCUGCAAAGGCCCGCGUGGCUGCGGGGACGCUACCUCCUGGUGCGAUACGAGGACCUGGCGUUCAAUCCGAGGGACAAGGCUGCCGAGAUCUACAAGUUCGUGGGGCUUGAGAUGGAGGACAGGGUGCGAAUGUGGAUCGCGAACAACACCAAGAGCAACGCGCCGUCCCCUUCAGAGUGGAACUACAGGUACUCCACCGCCAGGGACUCCAGGGCGACGUCGGAGAGCUGGAGGCUUCGUCUGGGCUUUGACAUCGUGAGGGCCGUGCAGAACCUGUGCAACGACACUCUGGCCCUGCUGGGAUACAAGCAGGUUCACUCUGCCGCCGAACUCAGAAACCUGUCUCACAGUUUAGUGGAGCGCAGGACCUUUAAGCCCACGUGGUAGAUGAUAUAAAAAGUAAACAAACAAGAAAAUGUUUAUUUAUUACAGCUGGCUUUCUUCUCUGUCAUGAUGCUGAUGAAAUGAAUGUAAAUUAUCUAAUAAUUCCUGAAGUGAGUUAAAAUCACUUUUUUAAAUGGUUUUGUUAUUAAAAGUGCCAAAUGUCAAGUGUGUGUUACACACAAAGGUCAAUUGAUUGAUGUUGUAUGUGUUGAAAACACAACAUGUUUAGCAAAACACUGAAUCAUGAUGAGAUAUUACACUGUUUGUUAUGUUAUUCUUUUGUCCAUAUAUAAAUCCUCAGCAGCACACAGAUACAUUUUAUGUUAGGAUGUUGAGAAUACGAAAACAUUCAUUAUUUUUUAGUGCAAAUGUUAAGACAGGAUGUGUUUGAACAUUUUUUUGUCAGUGUAUUUUCUAGACUUUUUAAAAAAUAAAUUAUUCAAAUGUAGGGAAACAGAA